GAGGCGAGGCCGCAUCGAUGCAACGAUCGCGUCGAGGACGUCGUCGAAGCGCUCUUCACGGGGAACCGGCUCAUCACCGUCCCGGCGGCGUUCAGGGUGGCGUACCGGUGCGUGACGUCGAAGCCGGGGGAGGAGCCGGAGGAGCCAUACCUGUUCUUAGACCUUCCCGCGCCGGUGAGGAAG